AUGCUGAACCGCCACCUCAAGUGCCACAGCUCGGUCAAGAAGCACGUCUGCAGGUACUGUGGUAAGGGCUUCAAUGACACCUUCGACCUCAAGAGGCACCUGAGGACGCACACAGGUGGGGACCUCACCCUGCAAGGGUCUUGGCUCUCGUUGCUCACCUUGGUGGGGAAUUUACAAACGUAACAUCCAUAUUGACCAAUGUAUUGUGCUUUUUUGUUGUUGCAGGAAUUUAUGUAUAGGUUGGGGGGGGGGUUGCCUAUCCAGCAGAUAUCAUGCACAUGCAGCCCACUACCAAAACCAACACAAUCACUUUUGUGACUUUUGUGAUUUGUCCCCACAAAACACUUCAUCACAGUUUCUUCCUAUCUAUUCAAAGGGCCUCUGCUGCACAAUACCAAAUGUAAGAAUUCACUGAUCAAUGUAUCUCUGUACUGGCUCACUGGGAAAACUUCAAAAAUGCAUAUAGACAUGUGAGCUCAGCUACUCAGCAGCCCCUCUGCCUGAGGGAUAAUCCCUGGCCUCCUGAUACCUGAGUGCCGGACAGGUAGCCAUUCCAGAAAUAGCAAACCCAGAUGUAGACAAAAGGGUGUGAUUAACUUGGCUGGGAAACAGGGAAAUGUAAAGAUCUCUUUUGUUACACUUGAUGGGUGUUUGGUGGAGGGCAAGGGGAACCAUGGGGCAGGGUCCAGGAUGCUCAGAUUACGGCCACCAGACCUCCCCUUUCAUGAUGUAACCGUGAUGUAUGAGUGAUGUAGUUUUGGGGGGGGAGUAACAUGGGGAUUAGCAGCUAAUAAAAGUUUGGGUUCUCUUUUGUUUGGGGCUUCCAUCUUGUUCCACCUGGUGGCAGGUGGGAGUCCUGUCGCGACAGUCUUCAAUCAAGACCAAGCCUACUGGCUGCUGUUUUGCUCUGGUAUUCCUGGCUGGGGUCCUUGUUUUUUGUCCAAGGGAGCCCUCAGAUUUCUCUGUUAACAUUGUAAAUAAUUUUUAUUAAUUUUUCUUUAAUAACACUCCAGUUGGUAGAAUAUCAAAUCUUGCCACCACAAUACAAAUAAUAAAGCCAAUUAUACAUUUCAAAUUACAUAUUUUUAAAAAAACUUCCCAUGUUCUGGCUGGUCAGGAGGGAAAAAAAAUAUUUCUUGUUCCUGCUUUUUCUCUCUUGUUUAUUCCCAAUAUCACAGUUCUGAUCUUAAUCCUUUGUCUUAUCUUAACAGCCACUGGUGUGAGACUUGCAAUUGUAUUUAGCAAAUCUAUAUGGAUAUUGACCUGCAAGAGGAAUUUUAUUGUUCCUGUUGUUGUCCGUCAAUUAUUUUCAGCGCAGUCCCCCUCAGAGGCCCCUUUUUCAUUCCACCAUCUUAUCUUCCAAGAUUCUGGCCUGCCUUUCAGCUUUUCUUUGUUUAAUUAAAAUUAAGACACAGCAACCCUUCAAGUCUUUUAACGAACUGAUGUUUUCCCAAUCCGAAUAGGGGUCUUCCGUAGGAGGCAGUACCAUAAGAUAUAUUUUACAGUUAGCAAUUGUUUGGUUCCUCUACAAUCCAAGCUUUGCUCCCCGCAAUGUAUUGUAUCACAGAAUCGCAGAAUCACAGAACUGUAGGGACCUCCAAAGGUCAUCUAGUCCAACCCCCUCUUGCAAUACAGGAAUCUCAGCGAAAGCAUCCCAGACAGAUGGCCACCCAACCUCUGCUUCAAAACCUCCAAGGAAGGAGAGUUCACAGCUUCCCAGGGGAGACAGUCCUGCUGUCAAACAGCUCUUGCUGUCCAAAAGUUCUUCCUGGUGUUUAGUCAAAAUCUUCAUUCCUUUUUUGUUGGGAAACCCUUUUAUUUACAUGAGAGACACAACUCUUCCCAAAUCCCCUUGUGUUGUUGUUUAGUCGUGUCCGCCUCUUCGUGGCCCCCUGGACCAGAGCACGCCAGGCCCUCCUGUCUUCCACUGCCUCCCGCAGUUUGGUCAAACUCAUGCUGGUAGCUUCGAGAACACUGUCCCACCAUCUCGUCCUCUGUCGUCCCCUUCUCCUUGUGCCCUCCAUCUUUCCCAACAUCAGGGUCUUUCCCAGGGAGUCAUCUCUUCUCAUUGAGGUGGCCAAAGUCUUGGAGCCUCAGCUUCAGGAUCUGUCCUUCCAGUGAGCACUCAGGGCUGAUUUCCUUCAGAAUGGAGAGGUUGGAUCUUCUUGCAGUCCAUGGGACUCUCAAGAGUCUCCUCCAGCACCAGAAUUCAAAAGCAUCCAUUCUUCGGCGAUCAGCCUUCUUUAUGGUCCAGCUCUCACUUCCAUACAUCUGGGAAAACCAUAGCUUUAACUAUACGGACCCUUACUUCAGAGGAAUGAACUGAGAGGAGUGGGUGGCCCCGAUUCCAGGUCAGCCGUGCUGAACAGGCUUGAAAGUGAUGGAGAACUCUCCCAAAUAGUGACCAAUAAUUUCAGGCUUGAUUUCCACCUGGCUGAAGGUAUUCCCAUUGUACACGCCAACCAUGCUGCCUGUCGGAGUGUCUGUACGACCGAGCCGAAAUGGCUCUCCUCUUUGGACGUGUCUUCGGGAUCCAUCAGGCUCUCCUCUGACGGUGAUUAACAACCUAAGCCUUUGAUGAGGCUUCAGGCACGUUCCCCCGUUACGCAGAGUAUCCAAACAGCAGCAGCAGGAGCCGAAAUAUGUGCUACAUGUCCUACGUUUAUUAGUAACUACGCAGGACAGAAAAGAAUAUGCAUCUGCUCUCUGUGAGAGUCAGGGAACAACCUGGAACAAAGAAACAGGAAACCAGUAACAUCAACAUCCGUCUCCCGUGAGACUUCCAACAGUCUGGAAUGUCAACAGAGUCUUGUGAUUCCAAAAACUGCACGGGGUGCAGGAACAGAAAUCUAACACUGCCUACCAUUUCCAGAAGGAUAAUCGUGUCUCGCAGGUGGAUCUUGACCACUUCUGGCUUCUCCAUGGGCAGGGCCUCUUUCUUGGCCUUGCACAGCUGCUUCAGGAGGGGGUUUGCUUGCGGCGCAAGCCAGGGUUAAGCCGCCACCGCCGGCGGGUGCUGUACAGCUGCAUCAGCUGCUGGGAGGACAUGUUGAGAAGCUGGUCCAGGUCAACACCCUGAUAGGUGAACUUCCAGAAAGUACACUUCUUCUUUUCUGCUCCACUUCCGCCAUCUUGGCCGCAGUCUCCUCCAGGAAAAGGCCGAGAAAAGGCGGUUUGCUCCUAGCGAGAGCCCAAAAUCUUCAUUCCUGUAACUUGAAGCCAUGAGUUCAAGUCCUACUCUCUAGAGCAGGAGAAAACAAGCUUGCUCUAUCUUCCAUAUGACAGCUCUUGAGAUAUUUGAAGAUGGCCAUCAUAUCUCCUCUCAGCCUCUUUUCCAGGCUAAACAUACCCAGCUCCUUCAAGCGUUCCUCAUCAGGCUUGGUUUCCAGACCCUUGGUUGCCCUCCUCUGUGACCUUCCAGCUUGUCAACAUCCUCCUUAAAUUGUGGCGCCCAGAACUGGACACAGUAUUCCAGGUGUGGUCUGACCAAGGCAGAGUAGAGUGGGACUAUUAGUUGAUCUGGACACUAGUCUUCUGUGGAUGCAGCCUAGAAUAGCAUAAGUUUUGCUGCUGCAUCACACUGUGGACUCAUGUUAAGCUCUAGAUCCUUUUCAUAUGUCCUACUCGCAAGCCAGGUGUCUCCACCAUUUUAUAUUUGUGCACCUGGUUCUUCCUGCCAAAGUGCAGACACUUACAUUUGUCCCUCUUGAAAGUCAUUGUGGUAAUUUGGGCCCAGCUCUCCCAUCUGCUAAGGUCAUUUUGAAUCCCCAAAACCGUAUCUUCUGAUCAUCUCCUGAGGCUCUCCUUCGUGUACUGCCUCCUCGAGAGGUCCAGAGGGUGGCAACAGAGAACGGGACCUUCUCUGCAGUGGCUCCCCAUCUGUGGAAUGCUCUCCCCAGGGAAGUUUGCCUGGUGCCUUCAUCAUACACCUUUAGGUGCCAGGCAACAAUGUUCCUUUUUAACCAGGCCUUUGGUUGACCUGAUGGACAUCCUAUGCCCUUUUUUAAAAAAAUGCCCCCCCAUCAGGUUGUUUUUAUUUUUAUGAUGUAUUUUGUGGUUUUAUAUCUUGAUUUUAUUCUGUGAACCACCCUGAGACCCCUGGGUAUAGGACGGUAUAUAAAUUCAAUAUAUAAAAAUAAUUUCCCCAAAGAUGGCAAAGUUAACGUGAUUAAUGAGAGAAAACUCAUUACUGACACAGGUGAAACUCAAAAAAUUAGAAUAUCGUGGAAAAGUUCAUUUAUUUCAGUAAUUCAAUGCUAUUGAAACAUCCUGGUCUUCCAUAACACCUCAGCAGUGCCACAGGCUGAUAGCACCCAUGCCACGCCGCAUUGCGGCAGUAAUUGAUGCAAAAGGGGCCCAGACCAAGCCCUGAGUACAUAUGCAUGCUUCUACUUCUCAAAGGUCCAAUAUUGCUCUAUUUGCAAUCCUUGUUUUGCUGAUUUCAUUUAAUAUUCUAAUUUUCUGAGAUUGUUAAUUUGGGGUUUUCAUCAGCUGUACGCCAUAAUCAUCACAAUGAUAACAAAUAAAGGCUUGACAUACCUCGCUUUCAAUGUCAUGAGUCUAUCUCAUAUAUUAGUUUCACCUUUUAAGUUGAAUUACUGAAAUAAAUGAACUUUUCCACGAUAUUCUAGUUUUUCAAGUUUCACCUGUAUUAAGGAUUGGAAAUUUCUAAGGGACUUUUUGCAUGAAAGCAAAAAUGAUGGAGUUGAAGAUUGACAAAAUACAGAAUUGUGGAGGUUUUAUUAUUUUGCGGUUUUAUAUCUUGAUUUUAUUCCGUGAACCGCCUUGAGACCCCCGGAUAUAGGACGGUAUAUAAAUUGAAUGAAUAAUAAUAUAGGCCUGUCCACCUGACAUUUGUUCCUCUGCAGGCAUCCGCCCGUACCGCUGCUGCGUCUGCGACAAAGCCUUCACCCAGCGCUGCUCCCUCGAGUCGCACCUCAAGAAAAUCCACAGCAUCCAGCAGCGAUACGCUUACCGCGAGCGCCGCUCCAAGCUCUUUGUGUGCGAGGAGUGCGGCUUCACCUGCAGCGGCAGCGAGGAGUACUACGGCCACGUCCGCCGCCUGCACCCCGGCCACGGGAUCCUGGCCAGAGGGUUCCAGAAGGUGGCGCCGGCCGACCUCCACCCCAGGUUCCACGUCCUCUACCCUUCCGCAUACUGA